AGUCCAGAGACCAGAGACCAGGAGGAGGAGAAGGCAGAGCUAAUGUCGGCAGACACUUUGACAUAAACACAGUAAAGAUUGUUCUAGCAGCAGAGUGAGCCAUCAUGUCCCAGGACAAGAGUGGAUACCCUGUUAUGGGUGAGAACAACCCACUUCACAACAACGUCUAUGGACCCCCUCAGCCAGGUUUCGGCAUGCCCCCUCCCAACUACAGCCAAGCCCCAGUGGGUCCGUACCCUCCAGCCACCGGCUACGGACAGCCAGGCUUCCCCCAGGCCGGCCCCGGCUUCGCCCCUGGUCCCUACCCUCAGAUGCCUUACCCUCAGAUGCCCUACCCACAGGGGCCCUACCCUCAGGGGCCUUAUCAGCAAGGACCCGCACAGCCAGGCGUUCCCGGUGACCCAACGGCUCCUACCGACAGUCCUAGUUAUCAUGGCGACGGGCCUCCAUCUUACUACGACAACGAGGAGUUCACCGACUCCGGCUUUGAGGACAAGACCAUCAGACAAGCCUUCAUCAGAAAAGUCUUCUUGGUCCUCACAGUGCAGCUGAUGGUCACGUUCUCGUUCGUUGCCAUCUUCACCUUUGUCGACGAGGCCAAGUUAUUUGUGCGGCGCAAUCCAUGGACGUACUACGUGUCCUACGCCGUCUUCUUUGUGUCUCUGAUCGUCCUCAGCUGUUGUGGAGAGUUCCGCCGCAAGCACCCCUGGAACUUGGUUGCGCUGUCCAUCCUGACCCUGAGUCUCUCCUACAUGGUGGGCAUGAUUGCCAGCUUCUAUGACACAGAGACCGUCAUCAUGGCCGUGGGCAUCACUGCAGUGGUCUGCUUCACUGUCGUGCUCUUCUCGCUACAGAGCAAGUAUGACUUCACUUCCUGUCGGGGCGUGCUGUUUGUUUGCCUGAUCGUGCUGCUGCUCUUCUCCGUCCUCUGCAUCUUCAUCCGCCACAGGAUCCUGCACAUCGUCUAUGCCUCACUGGGGGCUCUGCUCUUCACCUGCUUUUUGGCUGUGGACACUCAGCUUCUGCUGGGCAACAAGAAGCUGGCUCUGAGUCCAGAGGAGUACAUUUUUGCUGCCCUCAACCUCUACACCGACAUCAUCAACAUUUUCCUCUACAUCCUGGCUAUUGUUGGACGCUCCCGUGAAUGAGACGGAGAAUUCCUCCCUUUACUGUGAAAUGUUGCUAACAUGCUCUCUAACUCCUUUUAACUUUUCCCCACGGUCCUCUCCAUUGCCUCUCCGAUCACACAUACAACAGGCAGUUGUGCUGUGGAACAGCUGCAGCCUGUCAUAAAAUCCAACCGAGAGGGACACUAUUUAUUUAACACAGGUCUCGUCUUUUCCUCGAUUUGACCACUUACUGUAACUGUGCUUCUACUAACACAGAUGGCUACAUUAUGGCUGCGUUACCUUCCCCCCCCCCCCCCAACUUCCAGUUUACAUACGUUGUAAAACAAUGUUAUCCUGUGAAUGCGUGGCACUCAGCUUUGCCUUGCUGCAGAGAUUAAAGAGAAAAAGGGCGGGGAAGGUAUCCAAAGCGCCUAAUAUUGAUGCAAACCAGCUUUGCCUGAAAAGAUCUUAGUGCUAGAAAAUACCCUCCUCUAUCAGUCUGUUUUCUCCUUUUGAGCCUGCUGGUGUAAAGUAAAUCUGCAUGGCAACAUUGGAAACACAACUAAAGAUGUGUUAUGGUUCUUUAGAGCUACCGGAUGAAUACCUCUCUCUAGCCUGUCACAGCUGUAAAUAGUUAAGUGUAUAACUGUGUACGAUCCCCCCCCCCCCCCCCCCCGAGUGUGUUGCUUUUUGGGAGAAUAUGCGCUGAUAUUAGGACACGUACCCGAUACAGUAAUUGAAAUCUCUUAAUGGCAAAAGAAUGAAAAUCAAUGUUGGAUGUGGCAAACAUGAACAUAAAUUAUAUAUUCUUACGGAAUGUCUUUUCAUGUUUUGAAAUUAUUUCUAUGAUUUCGAACUGAGAUGUCUCCUUACUUUUACUUUUUUCUUUACAGUCCUCACUAAUUUGCUCUCAUCUGGUCAUUAACGUGAAGUGAAAAUUUAGUGGUGUAUAUGUUUUUGUUUUUUCUCAUCUUAAACAAUGUGAACUAAAGUUGAAGAAUUGUGAUUUCUGCCCACUUUCCAUACCAAGCUGAAUUUCAGAAAUUUCAGAACUUAAAGUAGAUGGAUGACGGACUUAUAACUUAUCUAUUUAUUGAGCUUGAUGUAGAUAACAGAGUUGCUUUGAGGUUGCUGUUAAGAUGGUGUUGAAGACACCUGCUUCUGCUGUUGUUUGGAAAUGUACAAGGACUUUGCUACUUGAAGUGAUUAUGAAACCAUCAUAUUCUGGUUAUACUCACAAGGAAUCAUCAUGCACUGGAAGCCAAAAUGCUCACUGCACGUAAACACACACACAACUUGAGGGAUAUAUUUAACAUGAACAUUUUUUUUAUUUUGUAACUUUCGUUUUGAUUUUUCACCUCUUGCAUGGCCCUCUCCUCUCAUUUGCAUGUGCUGAUAAUGCACACUAUACAGGUAUUCCUGUUUUGGAAAGACAUGGUGUUGUUUGGCGGCCCUGUUACACUUUUUUUUUUAACUCUUGUGUUUGUAUCUAACUGAUGUGUAAGUGUACAUAGAACUCCUUAGUGGUUUGAUGUGUAUAGGUAAAGUAAUAUUGGGGCUUUGUAGGUCUGUUUGCAUUGUAUAUUUGCAUUAAAUCAAAGUGGAUCCACAGUCCUCUACACUGCCA